AUGGCAAACGGAGUGACCAUGAGUGACCGAGCCAUCUUCCAGAAUAUAGCACCCUUGACAGCCUGCUCUGCUGGGGUUUUGCUGGGAUGCUCCUUGAGGAACUUUACUCUUCAUGUGGAGAAGCAGGAGUGCGGGCGCUGCAUGGCCAUCAACACCACCAUCUGCAGCGGGAUGUGCUUCUCACAGGACUCAAAUCUGCAAGGCCUCAUGGGGAGGGCCUUCCUGAUCCAGGCAGUGUGUGUAUAUCGGUCUGUUGAGUAUCGUUCAGCCGAACUGCCUGGAUGCCCCGCCCACGCUGACCCACUGUUUGUUUACCCCGUCGCCCGCCACUGCCACUGCAGCAAAUGCAACACUGUGCGCAAUGAGUGUGUUCAUACACUCCGUCGCAGCCACGCCUGCAGACUGAAACAGCCGCAGCCCACAGAUCAAUAA